GGAGACCCCAAAUUUGUAACCGCGGUGUGAAGCAUAUAUAGUUUUAACCCCCAAGAAAUCCAGAUCCAGAACUUGCACAAGUUAGGGCUUAGCCCUACAAAAAUCAAACAGUUUUCCUGCUAAAUUCCAUACCAAUUCAUAUCAAGUCGAUCGGCGACCAGUAUCUUCUCCGUCAUAAUCUCCGAUUAGAUAAACUCUUGGUGAGGCAAUGAAUUUUCUGGGGCUGCGGUCCCAACAGACUGCAGCUCAAGUGCCACAAGCUCCACCACCACAAACUCUACUUCCGCAAGCUCAAGCAGAACCAAACAAUAGGAAGCCAACUACAACAUUAGAGGAUCUUGUAGCUGAAGAUUCGUUUCCAUUAGCGUCUUUGAUUGAUAAUUUUGAUGGGAGAAGUGAAGGAACAGGGAGUGAAAAUGGUGCCUUUGGGGGCUUAAGUACGAAGAAUGGAGCACCUAUUGUGGAUAAACACAUAGAUGUUUGUGAAGAAGAAGGAUGGAUCACCAUUCCAUGCAAGGAACUUCCUGAGAGUUGGAGUGAAGAACCAGAUAUGCUAUCUUUUAGAUCUUUCGACCGCCCCUUUGUUUUCCCAGGAGAACAAGUUCAUAUACUAGCAUGCUUGUCCGGAUAUAAGCAGGACACAGAAAUUAUCACUCCGUUCAAGGUUGCUGAAAUGAUGAGUAAAAAUGGCAAUGGCCGAAAUGCCAAAAAACAAAACGGUGAGAUUAUGCAUGGAUCUGCACCUGUUCACGAAGUGAUCUUAAGUACUGAUGCUCACGAUUUAGAUGAAAAUGCUAAUAAUAUUUUGGAAGUCAAGACUAACCCAAAGAAGGAUGUAUCCGCAGGUGAAUCUCUUCUCAGGAUGGAAGAUCACAGAAGGCAAACUGAAAUGCUGUUGCAAAGAUUUAGGAAUUCCCAUUUUUUUGCACGAACUGCUGAGGCAGAUGAGCCACUUUGGUCAAAAAGAAAAACACAGGAAACAUUCCGAGAAUCAACAGAAAUGAUUGGAGGGAAGUUCACUGCACACGAUGUGGAAUCCAUCAAGGGUGCUGAUAAGAACCCCCUCCUGAAGGCGUCAGUUGAUAGAGGAAAUCUUGAUGCUAGUACCUCAGGUGGAGUGGCAAGAAAUGGGUUUAAGUGUAGCUCACUUGCUAAUGGAGAUAUAGUGGUGCUUUUACAGGUAAACAUUGGUGUGGACUGUUUGAAAGAUCCAGUCUUAGAAAUUAUCCAGUUCGAAAAAUAUCAAGAGAAAACAUUGACUGAGGCUGCAGAAAACCGAACUCACUCAAAUCAGGACCCUUGCGAAGAUCUGUUGAAGUGGUUGCUUCCUUUGGAAAAUUCUUUACCUGCUCCAUCUCGUUCUGUAUCUCCUCCGCAAUUGGGUUCUGGUUCAAUUACUCGUGGCUCAUCCACAAAGAUCAAUUCCUCAGGCUCAUCUGCUUCUCCGAUAUUUUCGUUUGGUAACUUCAGAAGUUAUUCCAUGUCCUCAAUUCCUCCUAACACUGUACCACCUGUUUCACCCAAUAAUUCUAUACCAAGCCUUGAUCUAGAAGAUCAGGAUCAGUUUUCAAGUAAGAAGUCUGGAAUGAAUGAAAAAGGUGAGAGUGAAGGACUUAUGUCUUUCCGAGGUGUGACGCUGGAGCCAGAAAGGUUUUCUGUUCGCUGUGGACUAGAAGGCAUUUACAUACCAGGCAGACGGUGGAGGAGGAAAGUUGAAAUCAUACAACCUGUGGAGAUCUGUUCUUUUGCUGCUGAUUGCAAUACAGAAGAUCUUCUUUGCGUUCAGAUAAAGAACGUUUCUCCUGCACACGUACCAGAUAUUGUGAUAUACUUGGAUACAAUAACAAUUAUACAUGAGGAGGCUUCGAAAGGGGGACCCCCUUUGUCUUUACCAAUUGCAUGUAUUGAAGCAGGCGAUGACCACAGCUUGCCAGAUUUAGCCCUCAGGAGAGGGGAAGAACACUCCUUCAUUCUGAAACCAGCAACGUCAUUGUGGAGGAGCAGUAAGGGUCUAAUUGAUAGAAGUCCUCGAUCAUCACAUUCGCAGGCUGGAACUGCAACAUCGAGUGUUCAUGGCCCCUCUAAUGUAGACCGUGGUGUAAUGUUUGCUGAUAAAUAUGCUGUUCUAGUAUCAUGUCGAUGCAACUAUACUGAAUCUAGGUUGUUCUUCAAGCAACCAACAAGUUGGCGACCAUGUUUGUCAAGGGAUCUCUUGAUCUCCGUUGCAUCUCAAAUGUCGAAACCAGCUCUUGGUUCAGAUGAGAGAGUUCCUCAAUUACCCGUUCAGGUUUUAACUCUUCAGGCUUCAAAUCUGACAUCUGAAGAUCUAACACUAACAGUGCUUGCUCCGGCCUCCUUUACUUCACUUCCUUCUGUGGUGUCCUUAACUUCUACACCUGCUUCACCUACAAGCCCGUUUGAUGUUUCCUCCGAGUCAGCAGCUGGGCGAUUCAGUGGUGAUAGACAGAGUAUUUCUCUGAAGAGACUCAGCUCAGCGUCUAAUGUGAUAGAAAAUCAGAGACGCGGUGAUGAAUUUGGGACACAUUCCGGCUCCUUCAAUGAGCAAACAAUUUCCAUCACUGACGUACUUCCAAAAAGUGAUCUGGGAUGCACACAUUUGUGGUUGCAGAGUAGAGUUCCUCUAGGAUGUGUUCCUUCUCGAUCUACGGCAACCAUCAAGCUUGAGCUACUUCCACUCACUGACGGCAUUAUCACUCUAGAUUCGUUACAGAUUAGCGUUAAGGAAAAAGGUUUAACCUAUAUCCCGGAACACUCCCUGAAGAUAAACGCAACUUCCAGCAUACGUACUGGAAUCAUAUAAGUCAGCUACUUAUACCGGAGGAGCAUAUAUACAAUUUGUUGCUACAUGGGGGGUGGGCUUAGAUGUUACACACUUUGAAGAUGAUUACAUGCUCCAUGGUUGGCCGUUGAUUGGACCGUGACAGAAUGGUUGUUGGGCGGUUGAUCCAUGAGCGUUGAUGGUCCCUGGUAUCGAUCGUAUGGUAUGCGUGUGGUCGGGUAUAUUUGGUUGUGUGAGAUUGAAUUGUAGUCUUUUUUUGAGGAUGACAGAUUGUAUGGUUUGAGUUUUUGUUUUUUAUUAUGUAUGUAGCUGGUGACCAGCAGAAAAAGACCUCAAUUGGUGUGUGGAAUGAAUCCAAAGGAAUACUUGUAUAUUGAUACUUAUGAAAUGUGUUUUAUA